AUGAAACCUAACAAGGAGUCUCACAAAACGUCUGCAGACCUUCAGAAGUCUGAACCUGUAAACCUGACUGCUCUGUCCACAGACCAGGUCCAGGAGGAGCUGAGGAGGGUGGCUGGGAGUGGACAGGUGCAGCUGGAGGACAGGAAGAACCUGGCCUACGUCAAAGCCGUCAUCCACGAGACUCAGAGACUGGCCAACAUCCUGCCUUUGUCUCUGCCUCACAGAACCAGUCAGGACGUCACCUUCCAGGGCUUCUUCAUCCAGAAGGGAAGCACGGUGUUUCCACUCCUGACCUCUGUCCUCUACGAUGAGACGGAGUGGGAGAACCCUCACUCCUUCCAUCCUGCUCACUUCCUGGACACAGAGGGGAGGUUCGUGAAGAGAGACGCCUUCAUGCCCUUCUCUGCAGGUCGCAGGAGUUGUCUGGUAGAAGCUCUGGCCAGGAUGGAGCUCUUCAUGUUCUUCUCCACCCUCCUGCAGAACUUCCGUUUCACUCCUGAACCUGGAGUCUCUGAGGAGGACCUGGAUCUGACCGCGAAGUUCCUCUGGUUCUGGUUCUGGUUCUGGUUCUCCAGAGACAGGAUUAGGUCAAUGUUCCUGCUGGCCCUGAUGAUGACUGUGGUUGUGUGACAGUGACUCAACCGUACGGCU